CCCAUGUCCACGCGCCCCCUGAUUGGCUGCGGCAGGCGCCUAGAAGUGGCGUUGCACAUGCGCGCUUCUUCCGCGCGCCCGGGUUCUCUAGCGGUGUGUGUUGCUCUUCAACCUCGGGUCGUCUCCACCGCAACCCCAGUCCCCUGUCCGGGAGCUAAUCUCUGUUUGGAAUGUUCGUGGAACUCAAUAACCUUCUCAACACCACCCCUGAAAGCGUGGAGCAGGGCAAACUGACUCUGCUCUGUGAUGACAAAACAGAUGGCAGUUUUCUUGUGCACCAUUUUCUCUCCUUCUACCUCAAAGCUAAUUGUAAAGUCUGCUUUGUGGCACUCGUUCAGUCCUUCAGUCACUACAAUAUCGUGGGACAGAAGUUGGGUGUCAGCCUGACCACAGCGCGGGAACGCGGGCAGCUUGUGUUCCUGGAGGGUGUCAGGUCUUCUCUGGACGUCUUCUUCCAGACUCAGGAGGAGCCACACCCCCUGCAGUUUCUCAGGGAGGCCAAUGCUGGAAACCUGCAGCCGCUAUAUGAGUUUGUGCAGAAGGCCCUUCAGCCCACGGACAGUCGGGAGGCUGUGUGGAGGUGCCUGGUGCUGCUGGUGGACGACCUCAGUGUGCUGCUGAGUCUGGGUAUGAGGGCAGUGGCUGUGCUGGACUUCAUCCACUACUGCAGAGCCUCUGUGUGCUCCGAACUAAAGGGAAACAUAGUGGCCCUUGUGCAUGACAGUGGAGACGCCGAGGAUGAAGAGAACGACCUCCUGCUAAAUGGCCUCAGUCACCAGAGCCACCUGAUCCUUCGAGCUGAGGGUCUGGCCACUGGCUUCUGCAGGGAUGUGCAUGGGCAGCUGAGGAUCCUGUGGAGAAGACCACCACAGCACACAACCCAAUGGAAUCGGAGCCUCACUUACCAGUACAAGAUACAGGACAAAAGCGUGUCCUUUUUUGCCAAAGGAAUGUCUCCUGCUGUCCUGUGACCUGACUUAGGGACAACUGAAGCCAUCUUGGACUGUUCUCAGAUGUGAAAGAUAAAGCAGCUGAGCAGAAAUGGAUCUUUUCACCUUUGUGGUGGUAGCGCAGGCUGACCUCACAGCCCCACUGUGACCUGGGGGUGGUGCCUUUGUUUCCCUGGGCCCUGUUCAGAGAACUCACUGAGAACUCUGCCAUCCUAUCUCUGCUGCCUUUGCAUCCUGAACCCAGGGGAAGGAGUCCUUUGGAAUGUUCCAUGUCAAUAAGCUUUAACUCUAACUGCCCUUUUUGUUUUGUUGUGUGUGUCAGUGCCAGAGUGGAUCUGACUCUGCUAACCACCAGAGUGCGGCUACCAGGCAUUCAGGAUGACAACUAAGAUAAUCAUGACUGGUAUAAAGUGUGUUCCCACAUCCUGGCUUCCCAUGAAUUGUCUCAUUUAAUUUUCAGCUUCUUCCUGCACAGCUGUUUUCCCUUAAAUCCAGAGAUCUGUAAGCAUGCACAACGCUGCAGAGCCAGCUAUGGGUAAUGGAGACCUGACUCUAAAGUCCUGAUUGGUCACUGACCCUUGUGGAAACCAGAAACUCCCUUCCGAGUUCACAACUUUGAGUCUUCCUGAUUCCAUGUGUUGAUGAGAUGUAGUCAUCAGGGCCCAAUACCCUGACCUUGGUCUCAUGAGACUUUCAUUUGGAUCCCUCAUCUGCUUUUCUUGCUGCCAGGCAGUGUGGAAUCUUAGUGAGGAGCUGACAUCUCCCUUACCUGUGAAGAAAGGGAGCUCUUACCCUGCAUCCUCUGGGUUCCAUCUUGCAACACUGAGCCCCUCAGUCACAGUCACUUCCAAGUGGACACCAGGGCAGUUCUCUGAAAUGAGGUGCGUUUUAUAGUAUGUAAAUUAUACCAGAGUGAAUUUGACUUUAAAAAUAAAUAAAAUGUAAAAAAGCACUGCUUUGCAGUGAGUUAGGUAAGUUUCAUCUGUUAGUUAAUUUAACAUUUAUUUUGUUAUUUUUACUCUUUUUUAAAAAAAUUUUUUUGAAGAUUUAUUUAUUCAUGCAUACAAGAACUGGGGUACAGGCCAGAGGUGUGGAGGGUGAGAGGAUUCACCAGAGACAGAGUGGGGAGCAGAACAGAUUGACUUAAAUACACUGCUGAGAGUUGCAGCGGGCGAGUCAGAAGAGAUCUGUUGCGCCAAGUGGAUAGUUCCCUGGCUGGGGAUUGAACUCAUGCUGCAGUGGCUGCGGAUAGCUUCAUAGGUUGUGUCUUAACCCCUUGUACCACCAGGGAGGCCCAGAACAGGCAGAUUGAGUGAAAACACUUCAGAGGGGGGCAGCUGGCUAGUCAGGAGAGGUGUACUGCACCAUGAGGGUAUCUCCCUGGACGGCUGGGGAUGGGGAUUGAACUCAUACUGCAGAGUCUGCGAUAGCUUCAUAGUGCUAUGCUUAACCCUUUGCGCCACCAGGGAGGCCCUAUUUUUAGUCUUUUUAAAAGAGAACAAUUUAUCACCCCUCUCCUCUAAUCAGAUCUUUGUGUUGAUUACUCCAAUGAACUAGUUUCUGCUUUUAUUCUUAAAAUAUUGCAGACCUGAUAGAAUUUUUGAACAUUUUGAGUGUAAGAGAAAGUAGUAUUAAAAACCCAGUGAUUCUUUUAGUAAUUCUUCAGUAUUUAUAUAACCUUCAUUUGAGCUAUAUUUCUUUUUUUUUUUUUUUAAACAGAG